AUUCGAUUGAGUGACAAACAUUAACAACAACGACGAAAUGAAUUAAUCUUUUUUUCGGACAACCAAUUCAAUCAAAUCAAACAAUGGAUUUACCUGAAAAUUUAGGAUUUUCAUCAUUAUUUGCCAACAACAACAGCAACAGUAAUUCAUUAGAAUUAUUAUUGAAAAAUGAAUUCCUAUUGGAUUAUUGUCGACGACAAUUUUCUGAUUCUGAAUCAUCGGAUUUUGAAUCACCAUUAUCAUCAAUAAUAUCACCACCAUCAUCAACAUUAUCAACAUCAUCGACAUCGACACAACAACAACAUUCAAAUCGUUCAACAAAUGAAAUCAUUUUGUUUAUAUUCAUCAUUCUAUAUUGUUUAGUAUUUUUAAUUGGUUUUUUUGGCAAUUCAUUAGUUAUUUAUGUUGUAUUACGUUUUUCAAAAAUGCAAACCGUUACAAAUAUGUAUAUAUUUAAUCUAGCAAUUGCUGAUGAAAUGUUUUUAAUUGGCUUAGUAUUUUUAAUUACAACAUUUUUUGUUAAAUAUUGGAUGUUUGGUCGUAUACUUUGUAAAAUUUAUAUGACAUUUACAUCGAUCAAUCAAUUUACUAGUAGUUUAUUGUUGACUGUAAUGAGUGCUGAUCGUUAUGUUGCUGUUUGUCAUCCGAUUGAUGCACCACGUUUUCGUACAUCGUUUAUUGCUAAAUUUGUUUGUCUAACAGUAUGGACUAUAUCAGCUCUGUUAAUGGUACCAAUAUUUAUGUAUGGUAAUACAAUGGAAUCUGAAACAACAGUUACCUGUAAUAUUAUCUGGCCUGAAAGUGAUCAAAUGAAAGGUGCACGAACAUUUACAUUAUAUUCAUUUUUCUUGGGAUUUUUCAUUCCAUUCGUAUUGAUAUUCCUGUUCUAUAUAUUGGUCAUUUGUCGUUUACGUCAUGUUGGACCGAAAAAAAAAUCAAAAGAGAAAAAAAAAUCACAUCGUAAAGUUACGUAUCUGGUUUUGACUGUCAUUUCGGUUUAUGUUCUUUGUUGUUUGCCAUAUUGGAUUGGACAAUUUUAUAUAACAUUUAUUGCAACUGGUAAAAGUCAAUUUGCAUUUAUAUUCAAUUUAUUAGCUGGUUGUCUUACCUAUGCUAAUUCAGCUGCAAAUCCAAUUCUUUAUGCAUUUUUAAGCGAAAAUUUUAAAAAAAGUUUUGCCAAAGCAUUUACCUGUGCAUCGGGUAAAGAUAUAAAUGCUCAAUUACAAUUGGAAAAUAGUCAAGUUAUGGCUAAUCGUACGAAUCAUCAUCCACAGCAACAAAAACAACAAUCGCAACAGCAACGAAAACGUACAACAACUGCAACAGCGGCAACUGCAACAACAACAGCAUUAAAUAAUCCGAUCCAAAAAUCAUCAUCAAACGAUGAUAAUGAUAUUGAUGAUAAAAAUGAUAAAGAUUUAAUUGAAAAUAAUUUAUCAAGUGUUGGUGAAUGAAAAAAAAAUUGUUUCCCAGAAAAUUUCCCCAAAAUAAAUACGAUAUAUAGAAUUUAUUAAAAAUACAAUUUGUUUGUUUAUCUUGAACGAUCUUUUUCUGGAUCAACAUGCUGGUCAAAUAUUGGGUAAAUAUAGAGCAUCCAAUUGGUGUGUGUCUGUGUCUGUGUGCAACCACAAAACAUACCGGUGGAAUAUACAGUGCCUAAUCUCACCAAUGCAUCUUGGUUUUGGCGCACAU